AUUUUACUCGAGUCACGUUAUUCUGCGAUCAGACGCGGAACACGUGUGUGCAGUCAGUGUCGCAGGGGUGAAGGGACGUUCUGAGGGCCGAGAGUCUUUGUGAGGAUAGAUUUGAUCUAUCGGUGAUCGUCCGAUAGGCGACGUAGUUGCACUUGUUUUGGGUUUACUUGGAAUAAUUGAUCGACGGAACGAUGGCCAGGUGGAAUGGUACUUUAAGCUGGAAAAGAUGUGCCGGAAGUUGUGCCCUGUUGGCGACUCUGUUCGUCGUUUCGCGGGCCGAGGAGGAGGAGAAGGCGAGCAUAUCGCAGACCGCGGCAAUGAAUUAUCUGUCUCAAUUUGGAUAUUUGCAACCUAUGAAUCCAACAAGUGGUGGAAUCAUAUCCGGGGAAACACUCUCUAAAGCAAUCUCGGAGUUUCAAGCUUUUGCUGGAUUGAAUAUAACAGGUGAUAUCGAUGAAGAAACAUAUAAACUGAUGACAUUGCCAAGGUGUGGUGUUAAAGACAAAGUUGGUCCUGGCUUUGGAAGAUCGAAGCGAUACGCCCUUCAAGGUUCUAGAUGGCGUGUGAAGAAAUUGUCGUACAAGAUUAGCAAGUAUCCGCGAAAUUUGCCACAACACAAAGUUGAUGCCGAGUUGAACAAGGCGUUCAAAGUGUGGUCGGAGUACACGGAUCUCGUUUUCGUCCAAAAGAAGUCAGGCCAGGUCCAUAUCGAAAUUAGAUUCGAGAAAGGCGAACACGGAGAUGGAGAUCCUUUCGAUGGACCUGGUGGCACUUUGGCUCACGCUUACUUCCCCGUAUACGGUGGUGAUGCCCAUUUCGACGACGCAGAACAAUGGACUAUCGACAGUUUCCGUGGAACGAAUCUGUUUCAAGUAGCUGCUCACGAGUUUGGCCAUUCUCUCGGUCUCAGCCACAGCGACGUUAAAUCCGCUUUAAUGGCGCCCUUUUAUCGCGGCUACGAACUAUUCCGGUUGGACGAGGACGAUAUUCAAGGUAUCCAGGCUCUGUAUGGAGUGAAAACGUCAAAUAACGGUGGAGUUCCAAGCGGGCCAAAACCAACUACCACGGUAUCACCUAGCGAAGAGGACUCGGAACUUUGCACGAAUUCAAAGGUCGACACCAUGUUCAAUUCCGCGGAGGGGCAUAUGUACGUGUUCAAGGGUGAUCGUUACUGGAGAUUAACCUCGGAUGGUGUAGCAGUCGGCUAUCCCAAGCUCAUUUCACACUCAUGGAAAGGAUUGCCAGGGAACAUAGACGCUGCGUUCACGUACAAAAAUGGAAAGACUUACUUCUUCAAGGGCUCGAAAUAUUGGAGAUACGUGGGCAAAAAAAUGGAUGGAGACUAUCCGAAAGAAAUCAGCGAAGGUUUUACAGGAAUUCCGGAUAAUAUCGACACUGUGACCGUUUGGACCGGAAAUGGCAAACUCUAUUUCUACAAAGGUAGCAAAUUCUGGAGGUUCGACCCAUCCCAGAAACCACCUGUGAAGAACACUUAUCCCAAACUGAUCUCGAAUUGGGAAGGGCUCCCCGAUAAUCUUGAUGCCUCGAUAGUUUACCGUGGUUACACGUAUUUCUUCAAAGGAGACGCUUACUAUCGAUUCAACGAUAGGACGUUUUCCGUGGACGUUGCUGAUCCAGCAUUCCCUAGGUCGACAGCUUACUGGUGGUUCGGAUGCAGAUCAGCCAACAAGGGAACGUUAGGUAAUGGUUCAAUGAUUCCAUGGUACAAUAGCCAAUGUAAUGGCAAUGAUUGCCUAUGGUUCCCCGAAAAUUCUGUAAAUACGUUUCCGAAUGACGGAGAUUUCUUCAUUCUGGACCCCGUUGAUGGUGACAAUAACGACGUCGGAGACAUCAUAUUAGAUGCAGAAGACAACAAUCUGUAUUUUGAAUCGCACGGUUACGGGAAAAAGUGAACGGACGGGAAUGAAAACUUGUUCGUUCGAGGAAUCUCGUUGAAUCGUAAACUCGAGUUAGGAGGCAACAAAAUGGGACAAGAAAUUUUCAAGGCGAAAAUAUCAUAAAAAUCGAGACACACACAGAGAUCACGAGGGGAAACGUUCAGGAAAAAGCCGAUCUAAUGGCGUAACUAUAAUAAGUUCCAAACAACAGCAACGAUUGUUCAACUAGUGUUGUUUCACGCGAGAUAAGUCGUGAGAUUAAACGUGUUUGGUGCUGAAGUGAACCAUCCAUCAAUCAGCGACGAUUUCUCUUAUAAUUUGUACAUAUUUUUUCAAUGUCGACCCUCCUACGAUUUUUAAACAAUUCGACAGGCGAAACGGACGAGCAGCUAGUUACGUCUUCCAAUCAGGAUAUGGACUCCGCGGCGGGAAACGUUUUCACAUCGUCAUCGAUAUUGUGGUAUCUUCCGCUCAAUUUGAUGACCUUAUUCAUCGCUAAGAUUGUUGCCACUACGUAAAAAAGGAUGAAUUACUUGUUGGAGAUCGUAAAGCGUUGAUAUCAUCAACGAAGGUCCGAUAAUAAAAUAUUUGAACGGACAAUUAAACGGAAGGAAAGUGUGACCUCAAAGUGUAUAAUCUUAGACGAAGGGAAACAGUGCCAAAAAAA